GCAGGAUUUCCGCUUUCGCUCCUUUCCGGCGGUGACGACCUGCCCCUUCCAACAUGCCUCUCGCAAAGGAUCUCCUUCAUCCCUCUCCGGAAGAGGAGAAGAGGAAACACAAAAAAAAGCGGUUGGUGCAGAGCCCUAACUCCUACUUCAUGGAUGUGAAAUGCCCAGGAUGCUACAAAAUCACCACGGUAUUUAGCCAUGCACAAACAGUAGUUUUGUGUGUUGGCUGCUCCACUGUCCUCUGCCAGCCUACAGGAGGAAAAGCAAGGCUUACAGAAGGAUGCUCCUUCAGACGGAAGCAGCACUAAAAGCGCCCUGAAUCAAGAUGAGUGGGAAACCAUCCCAAUAAACACAUUUUGGAUACA